GGCGAGCGAGCUGUCAGUCUCGUCCCGAACUUGUUGGCUGCGGUGCCGGGAGCGCGGGCGCGCAGAGCCGAGGCCAGGACCCGCCGCCGCCGUCGCCGCCGCCGCCGGGUGGGAGCCGGGCCGGCCGCCGGAGAGCGGCUGCAGUAAGCCGGAGCCGCCGCCUCCCCUGCACGCCCGCCGCGCAGCCCGCGCGCACUGCUCGACCCCGCCCGCGCCGCCUGUGCGGCCGCCGCCGCCUGUGCGCCGCCGGGCUCGGAGGGCGGGCGGGCGGGCGCUGGAGGCCGGCGCGGCGGCUAUAGCGGGCGCGGGCGGCGGCGGCGGCGGCGGGGCCGCGGGCGGGGUCGAGGCGGCGAUGCGGGCACGCGGCUGGGGACGCCUGCCUCGGCGGCUGCUGCUGCUGCUGGUUCUGUGCGUGCAGGCGACGCGGCCCAUGGGCUAUUUCGAGCUGCAGCUGAGCGCGCUGCGGAACGUGAACGGGGAGCUGCUGAGCGGCGCCUGCUGUGACGGCGACGGCCGGACGACGCGCGCGGGGGGCUGCGGCCGCGACGAGUGCGACACGUACGUGCGCGUGUGCCUUAAGGAGUACCAGGCCAAGGUGACGCCCACGGGGCCCUGCAGCUACGGCUACGGCGCCACGCCCGUGCUGGGUGGCAACUCCUUCUACCUGCCGCCGGCGGGCGCUGCGGGGGACCGAGCGCGCGCGCGGUCUCGGACCAGCGGCCACCAAGACCCGGGCCUCGUCGUCAUCCCCUUUCAGUUCGCCUGGCCGCGUUCUUUCACCCUCAUCGUGGAGGCCUGGGACUGGGACAAUGACACCACUCCAGAUGAGGAUCUGCUGAUCGAGCGGGUGUCGCACGCCGGCAUGAUCAACCCGGAGGACCGCUGGAAGAGCCUGCACUUCAGUGGCCACGUGGCACACCUGGAGCUGCAGAUCCGAGUGCGCUGCGACGAGAACUACUACAGUGCCACCUGCAACAAGUUCUGCCGUCCCCGGAACGACUUCUUUGGCCACUACACCUGCGACCAGUACGGCAACAAGGCUUGCAUGGACGGCUGGAUGGGCAAGGAGUGCAAAGAAGCCGUGUGUAAACAAGGAUGUAAUUUGCUCCACGGGGGAUGCAGUGUGCCUGGGGAGUGCAGGUGCAGCUACGGCUGGCAGGGCAAGUUCUGUGACGAAUGUGUCCCCUACCCUGGCUGUGUGCAUGGCAGCUGUGUGGAACCCUGGCACUGUGACUGCGAGACAAACUGGGGUGGCCUGCUCUGCGACAAAGACCUGAACUACUGUGGCAGCCACCACCCCUGUGUCAAUGGGGGCACCUGCAUCAACGCGGAGCCUGACCAAUACCUCUGCGCCUGCCCAGAUGGCUACCUGGGCAAGAACUGCGAGCGGGCUGAGCACGCCUGCGCCUCCAACCCGUGUGCCAAUGGGGGCUCCUGCCACGAAGUGCCGUCUGGCUUUGAAUGCCACUGUCCGUCAGGGUGGAGCGGACCCACCUGUGCACUCGACAUUGAUGAGUGUGCCUCUAAUCCGUGUGCAGCGGGUGGCACCUGCGUGGAUCAGGUGGACGGCUUCGAGUGCAUCUGCCCAGAGCAGUGGGUGGGGGCUACUUGCCAGCUGGACGCCAAUGAGUGUGAAGGGAAGCCGUGCCUUAAUGCUUUUUCUUGCAAAAACCUGAUUGGCGGCUAUUACUGUGAUUGCCUCCCGGGCUGGAAGGGCAUCAACUGCCACAUCAAUAUCAACGAUUGCCACGGGCAGUGUCAGCAUGGGGGCACCUGCAAGGACCUGGUCAACGGGUACCAGUGUGUGUGCCCACGGGGCUUUGGAGGUCGUCACUGUGAGCUAGAGUAUGACAGGUGUGCCAGCGGCCCCUGCCGCCGGGGCGGCAUCUGCGAGGAGCUCGCGGAUGGCUUCCGCUGCCGCUGCCCUCGGGGGCUCUCUGGGCCGCACUGUGAGGUGGAUGUGGAUCUCUGUGAACCAAGCCCCUGCCUCAAUGGCGCCCGCUGCUACAACCUUGAGGGUGACUACUACUGCGCUUGCCCAGAAGACUUUGGCGGCAAGAACUGCUCGGUGCCCAGGGAGACAUGCCCUGGCGGGGCAUGUAGAGUGAUCGAUGGCUGUGGGUUCGAGGCAGGGUCCAGGACACAUGGCGUUGCACCCUCUGGCAUUUGUGGCCCUCACGGGCGUUGCAUCAGCCUGCCUGGGGGAAACUUCUCCUGUAUCUGUGACAGCGGCUUCACAGGCACCUACUGCCAUGAAAACAUUGACGACUGCAUGGGCCAGCCCUGCCGCAACGGGGGCACGUGCAUUGACGAGGUGGACUCCUUCCGCUGCUUCUGCCCCAGCGGCUGGGAAGGCGAACUCUGUGACAUCAAUCCCAACGACUGCCUCCCCGACCCCUGCCACAGCCGCGGCCGCUGCUAUGACCUGGUCAACGACUUCUACUGUGCCUGUGACGAUGGCUGGAAGGGCAAGACCUGUCACUCGCGCGAGUUCCAGUGUGACGCCUACACCUGCAGCAACGGUGGCACGUGCUAUGACAGCGGCGACACCUUCCGCUGCGCGUGCCCUCCCGGCUGGAAGGGUAGCACCUGCACCAUCGCCAAGAACAGCAGCUGCGUGCCCAAUCCCUGUGUGAACGGGGGCACCUGCGUGGGCAGUGGAGACUCCUUCUCCUGCAUCUGCCGCGACGGCUGGGAGGGCCGUACCUGCACACACAAUACCAAUGACUGCAACCCUUUGCCCUGCUAUAACGGAGGCAUCUGUGUUGAUGGUGUCAACUGGUUCCGCUGCGAGUGCGCUCCUGGCUUCGCGGGUCCGGACUGCCGGAUCAACAUCGAUGAGUGCCAGUCCUCGCCCUGCGCCUACGGAGCCACGUGUGUGGAUGAGAUCAAUGGGUACCGCUGCAGCUGCCCGCCAGGUCGUUCCGGCCCCAGGUGCCAGGAAGUGGUCAUAUUCACGAGGCCCUGCUGGUCCCGGGGCAUGUCCUUCCCACACGGGAGUUCCUGGAUGGAAGACUGCAACAGCUGCCGCUGCCUGGAUGGCCACCGAGAUUGCAGCAAGGUGUGGUGUGGAUGGAAGCCUUGCCUGCUGUCUGGCCAGCUCAGUGCUCCAAGUACCCAGUGCCCACCAGGGCAGCAGUGUCGGGAGAAGGCCGUGGGUCAGUGCCUGCAGCCACCCUGUGAGAACUGGGGGGAGUGCACAACCGAGGAACCUCUGCCACCCAGCACCCCCUGUCUGCCACGGACCACCCAUUUGGACAACAACUGUGCUCGCCUCACACUGCGCUUUAACCGCGACCAAGUGCCUCAGGGCACCACUGUGGGCGCCAUCUGCUCCGGAAUACGAGCCUUGCCCGCCGCAAGGGCGGCAGCACGGGACCACCUCCUCCUGCUGCUAUGCGAUCGUGCAUCCUCAGGGGCCAGUGCUGUGGAGGUGGCUGUGUCUUUCAGCCCCGCAAGGGACCUGCCAGAUAGCAGCCUGAUCCAGAGCACAGCUCAUGCCAUCGUGGCCGCCAUCACCCAGAGAGGAAACAGCUCGCUGCUGCUGGCUGUCACCGAGGUCAAGGUGGAAACGGUUGUCAUGGGUGGCUCUUCCACAGGUCUGUUGGUGCCCGUGCUGUGCAGCGUGUUCAGCGUGCUGUGGCUCACCUGUGUGGUCAUCUGCGUGUGGUGGACACGAAAGCGCAGGAAAGAACGCGAGAGGAGCCGGCUGCCGCGGGACGAGAGCGCCAACAAUCAGUGGGCCCCGCUCAAUCCCAUCCGGAACCCCAUUGAGCGGCCAGGCGGCAGCGGUCUGGGUACCGGGGGCCACAAGGACGUACUCUAUCAGUGCAAAAACUUCACACCGCCGCCCCGCAGGGCAGGCGAGGCACUGCCUGGCCCAGCCGGCCACGGGGCUGGCGGGGAGGACGAGGACGAGGAGGAUCUGAGCCGUGGAGAUGGGGACUCCCCAGAGGCAGAGAAGUUCCUCUCACACAAAUUCACCAAAGACCCCAGCUGCUCCCUGGGAAGGCCAGCCUGCUGGGCCCCGGGGCCCAAAGUGGACAACCGCUCCGUCAGAAGCACCAAGGAUGUGCGCUGUGCCGCCAGGGAGUAGCCGGCUACCAGGCUGGCAACCAGAGCCCUUGCCGGCACCACGCUGCCCGCUGGACCACAGGAGGCCGAGGCCGUGUGCAUAGUUUCUUUAUUUUGUGUAAAAAACAAAACCAAAAACAAAAAACAAAUGUUUAUUUUUUACGUUUCUUUAACCUUGUAUAAAUUAUUCAAUGGCUGUCAGGCGGAAAACAACGGAGUAUUCUCGGAUCAUUGCUAUUUUUGUAAAGUUUCCGUGUCCGCACGCACUGUGGCAGGAGAGCAGGGCGUGUUUGUGUUCUCACCAAAUCGUAUAAUGUUUGUUACCACAGGCUGUCGCUGUUUACAGAAUCUUCUUUUUUAUUCCUCAUUUGGGUUUCUCUCUAGCUCGAGGCCCAAAAGCCCACGAGAGUCGUGGGCUAGGCUGUGGCCCUCAGUGAGAUCUGUGGCUUUCCGUGUGGCCCGUGGCUCUCAGUGGGACCUGUGGCUGACAGUAUGGCCUGAGGCUGUCAGUGGGACUGUGGCUGUUGUCUUGGCUGUAGUUCUCGGUGGGACCUGUGGCUGUCGGUGGUACCUAUGGCAAUUGGCCUGGCCUGUGGAUGUCAGUGGGACCUGUGGCUGUCAGAAACAUCUGUGGCCAUUGGCUUGUGGCUUGGCUGUCAGUGACCCCCAAUGGCUGUCAGUGGCGUUGGCUGCUGGGCUGGCAUGCUGUCAGUGGGACCCGUGGUGGCCCGUGUGAUGCUGGUUUCCAUAGCUGUUGGUGGCGCCUGUGGUUGUCAGUGGGGUUGGAGGUCACUGGUGUGGCCUAAGGCUGGCAAGCAGACCUGGUCCAUGCCUCAUGCCCUUCCAGCCUGCUGUCCUUGCUUCCUCCUGCCCAGAACUCUCCAGAGAUCUCCAACUGUGCUUUCAGAAGUGCCCUUUCCAACUGCUCGGUCUCCCUCCCGGGACAGCGGCAGUAUUGAAGCUUGUGACAAGUGCCUUCACACAGACCCCCUCCCAGCUGUCAGCGUUCGCAGUGGGCACCAGGCCGCUGCCCACCUGCCGGCCCCGGCCACCCUCCUUGUGAAAGUGCAUUUCUGUAAAUAUGUACAUAUUAAAUGAAUCACUCUGUAUAUUUGAUUUAAUAACUUAAA